UUUAUUGUCUCUGUGCGGGAUUGGCUUUUGUGUGCAGUUGCAAGGUGAAGAAUUCUUGGAAGCGGUUCCUUUUUUUUUUUCUUUUUUAAAGUUAAAAAAAAUUAAGAAAUAAUUAUUCUAAGAAAAAUUUUUUAUCAUUCUACUUUGUGAUCGAUAAAAUGCGCUAAACGACAACGAAACGAAAAAGGAUUUUCGGGAUUUUUAUAAGUUUCUUUAUUUUUUUUUUGUGUAAGAAAAUUUAAAAUUCCAUUACGCCUAAAUGAGGAUGGCAGCUACAGUGGCCGUCUACAACCGCCUACACAAUAAUAGUGUGGGUGUGGUUGGUGGCGGCGUAGGUCUAAGCGGCAGCGGAGGAAGCGGCGGUGGUGGACAUCAUCAUCAGCUGGCACGUUCUCUAGAACGUAUCUUGGAGGAGGCCCAUCUCAGCGGUGAAUUAAUAUUAACAAACCGGAAAUUAAAGGAUUUUCCGAAAACUGGGACCAAAUACAUAUUGACGGAUACUGUAAUAGCUGAUUUAUCCCGAAAUCGGUUUUGCGAGCUGCCCGAAGAGAUCACUACAUUCUCAUUUUUAGAAACGUUGCUUCUCUAUCAUAAUACCAUACGCAGUGUACCGGAAUCAGUUAAGCACUUGACUUCUUUAACGUAUCUUGAUUUGCGUAGCAAUCAGCUGUCGUCUCUGCCGCGAGAAUUGUGUUUCCUACCAUUGCAAGUGCUGCUGGUCUCGAAUAAUCGUCUGACUGCAUUGCCCGACGAAUUAGGUCGCAUGGACAGACUGACCGAUUUAGAUGCAUCGUACAAUCAACUAACGUCACUGCCAGCACGCAUUGGCGAAUUGCGUUUAUUAAGAUCUUUUUCAUUGCGAAGCAAUCAGUUAAUGUAUUUACCCCGAGAAUUAACGUGUCUAACAUUGGUUUCCUUGGAUGUAUCAAACAACCGCAUUUCUAGUCUGCCUCUUGAAAUACGUCAAAUGACCACAUUGGUUGAAUUAAACUUAGAAAAUAACCCUUUGACAUCGCCACCAGCUAGUCUUUGCAUUCGUGGUCUUGUGCACGUCUUUAAAUAUCUUGAAACUCAAGCAACCAAAGAUGAAAAAGGAUCCCGAGCUGGCGGAAAUUAUGAUGGCUACACCACGUUACGAAGAGCGCCUCGUCACAAUGUUGGCGGUAGUGUUUUGGAAACAAAUCGUCUAGCUCGUCAUCAUAUUGAUUCGGGCUAUAGUACUUGCGACGGCAUCGACAAACGUUGGUCCCAUGAUAUGCCCCUAAAGUGCAAGCACGAACCUUCGUUACGUUUAACGCCUACGACGCCGCCUAAGUCAACACUUUUAAAUGCCGAUCUUAUGGAUUCUUCACUUACCUCGAGCACUAGUACUAUAGUAGACGAAUCGCUGGCGGUAAAUGCGGCAGUAGUGAAACCCUUAAAUGUGGAUGUCGUUCAAACUGCAACAAGAGACAGUGCUAAGCUUUCGCUAACAAGUCAAGACGAUAUUUCGCAAUUAUCAACUGGAACAACAACUGCAACACCUUGUUCCACUUCAUCCAGUAAUGAUCCUUCACCCGAGCUGGACGACGGCCUAAUUGAACACCAGCAACACAUGCAACAACAACAACAACAACAAUUAUCGCUAUUCUCCUGCAAAAUCGAUGAUAAAACAAAUAAGAAUAUAGGAAAUAUACAAACUUACAGGGAAUACAAGGAAGCUUUAAAACAGCAGCGUAGUCAAGACGUGUACAGAAUCAAAGAAAACCAAAAACAAUUAAGUGAUUCGACUGAAUUGUUGCAUUCAGUAGUGAAUGCGUGUAAUGAACAGGUGGAUAUUCGACUAAAUAACGUUAAUGCGCAAAACGCAACUGUGCCAAAAUCCAUAAUGAAGACUAGUACCAAUAAUCCUUCGAAUAGUGCGUUUAAUGUUUGUCCGGGCGGUGCGGUAAAUAACGCUAGUACAAAUGGACCGAGCGAAGAUUGUCUUGUUAUACCAAAGAAACCGAUUCAAAAAGUAAUACCAUCUCGUAACACGGAAUUAAUGUCGCAGACGGUGAAAAGUCAAAUAAGUGCGGAAUUAAUGCUGAACGAAAAAUCAUCGCCAAUCACAAAUGGAGAUUGUAUUGGUUACGUCAAGCCAAAUAGUCCUUUAAAAACAAUAAAUGGCAAUGCAGGCAGUGGCAACGCCAAUGGUGUCUCUGGUAUAGGUGUAGGUAUUUUAACAAAUAAUAAUAAAUUUACAACGAAUGGAGGCAUUAAAUCACCAGUUGGUAAUGCCACCAAACUUGGCACCAGUAAAACUCAUCGUAAUGUUACUUGGAAUCACGAUAUACCGCCAGAAAAACUAAGUUUCACCAUGCGUCGGGAAUUCGAUCGUCAACGAGAAGAAAUUGAGUUAAUGACUCAGCUACGUAGUAUUAUUGAAACUCGUCUUAAGAUGACGCUUCCUGAGGAUAUCGCUUCUGCUUUAACCGAUGGAGUCAUUCUUUGCCAUUUGGCCAAUUAUGUGAGGCCCCGCUCGGUAGCUAGUAUACAUGUGCCAUCGCCAGGAGUAUCUAAACUAACAAUGGCUCGUUGUCGAAGAAAUGUGGAUAAUUUUUUGGAAGCAUGCCGAAAAAUUGGCGUAGACGAGGAGUUGAUUUGCUCCUGCUCUGAUGUUAUACCAUCCUUUAACAGCAUUGACGAGGUCGACAACGCUGUAACUAAAAACAGCAAUACAUCGCAAGCCAACUGUAAUAAUAAUUAUUCUAGCGCAGAGAAUGAGCUGGAGCUUAAGCGAACGCAGUCAAAAACUCUGCCUAAUCCAACGGCCGUAUUGAAAACAGUGGCAGCAUUAAUUGCCCUCGAUUGCAAUCCGCAUCAUAGGAAUGUACAAAAUUUACAGCAACAGCGCGAAUUUCAAAUGAAAUUGCAAAUGUUUCAAAGGCAACAAGAACUGCCAAAGCAGAGACUUUUGCCGGAAUACAUGCUGUUGAAUAAAAAGGGAAAAACGCCUAAUCAACGUCGUUGUGUGCUGCUCGAGGGACUCAACGAGGAAGAUACGGAAUUGGAAGCGGAAAGGCGGGAACUCAAUGAUCAGUAUGAUGGUGAAGAGCAAAAGCAAUUAACUGCAACCUGCACCAAAGAACAGAUGAUGAUAGUGGAGUAUGAGAAUUCCAAUUAUGAGUUCGAUAAUAAUUUUAAUAAGGGCCAUUGCAGUGACCAAAACAAACAUGAACUUACCAAUGGACAAAAUGAAGACAGCGGCAACGACGACGUUGAUGGUGACACUGUUCGAGCAGGGGAAAGACCCAGGCAUAACAACAUUUAUCGCUAUGCGAAAUUGAAAACAUUUCAAAAAAUUAAACUGAAUCUAAUUACAGCCCACGGCAACAAUGGUAAUGCUUUUGGCAAUUUUGGCCAUCCGCAAGAAGAUAGUAUUCUACAAACAAUAGUCGAAAAUGAAAACGAUGCCAUCACACCCAAUAUAAGUUCAGCCAACACUGAAGUCUAUCAAAUAAUAGACGAAAAAGUCAAAUGUUUUAACAACGAACUGCCACUUAAGAUUACUAACAUAGGAUCUCAAGCAACUACUACGACGACUGCGAUCACACCUAACAAAUAUAAGCUUUUGGAAUUGCCUUCGAUGGGAAACAGCGCGGAUAAAUCAAAUAAUUUUACUACAACAGCAAACUCGGUUUCAAAACGCAUAGAGUUCUUUGAACACGCCAAUAUACCGAACGGUGGUAUUAUUAAACCGAAAACUAACAUUUACAGCAUAUAUCGGGGAAAUGACCGGGUCGAAGAUGACAAACUUGUCGAGCAACUUGUCAAAAACAAGGAAGCUGGCGCUUCUGCGGCUUUCCUGCUGCGUCACGACUCGCACGUGCUCACCGUCAUAUUGUCGUGUGUCUUCAUUGUCACAUUUUUAUUAUUAGUCUUCUUUCCACUGCCAGGCUGAAUGCAGCCAAAAACCCAUUCUUCAUAUACUUCAUUAGAUUUCCAUAAGAGAAUCUUAUUUUUUUUACUUUUUUAUAGAUACUUGCAAAGGGAUAAAACGCUUUCUUUUGAAGCUUUACGUAACCUUCAAUUAUUUAUAUCUUAUACAUGAGCUCCCUUAAUAUAAUAAUUAUAAUAUAUAUUAGUUUUACAUAUAUACUUUAAAAUGCCCGCUAUGCGUGCCAUGAACUACUUUACGAAAAGACCAAUUUCGCAUAAACUAUAAUUUAAGUAACGUCUUUAUUCCUUGAAUAUGUUUUGCAUUUGAGAAGAGAGAGAAAAAAAAAAAAGAGGAUUUCUUUUAAAUAUUUUUUUUUCAAAUUAAUGAAAGAGAAAUGGAAAUAGUAUUAUAU